AAGAUAACAUUACAGGAGCACACACAGCUUUGUAUGAUCCAGCUAGCACGCUAAAUACAGACUAUGGUAUAAAAGAAUGGAUCAAGAAUGGCUUACCAGCCAAUAAAAUCGUUCUUGGUUUGGCAUACCAUGGCUAUGCGUGGACGCUUGUGAAUCCAAAUCAUAACACAGUAGGUUCACCUGCAAGAGGUCUGGCAAUAACACGCGAUGGAUCAAUGAGCUACAGAUACAUUAAGCGAUAUAUGAAAAGUUAUGGAGGCAUACCUGUCUAUAACUCCACUUAUGUUGUGAACUACGUGACUAUUGGAUCAUUUUGGAUUGGUUAUGAUGAUGUUGAGGCUAUCAGAACUAAAGUUUCUUAUGCGAACGGUGAGGGGCUUCGCGGUUUUGCUGCAUUCCAAAUUCCUAGUGAUGAUGUCGAUUGGGAGCUUUCAAAAGCAGCCUCGGGCGAAGAAGAAGAUCAUAGAGGCAGCAAGCGAAGGUUGCUGGCGAUUCUUUUGCCAACGAUCACCAUCACCGUUCUCCUAAUAAGUACAAUAGUAUGUAUUUUGAAAAAGAAAACUAUGAGAUCUGAAGGUAUCGAGGUAUUGAAUGAAAGAGCUAUAGGUAGUAAUCUGAUAGUUUUCAGCUUUGAUCAAAUAAAAGAAGCUACAGACAAUUUCUCCAUCGAAAACAAGAUUGGAGAGGGAGGCUUUGGACCAGUUUAUAAGGGAAGGUUAAGUGAUGGGGAAGAAAUUGCAGUAAAACGGCUUUCAGAAUGCUCUAAGCAAGGAGUAGAAGAGUUUCGGAAUGAAGUCACACUUGCUUCAAAGUUACAACAUGUCAAUGUUUUACAACUUCAGGGCUUUUGCAUCGAAAGAGAAGAGAAGAUCUGA